GCAAAGGAGCAAAGCAAACCAUUGAUAGCGAGUUCAUCUCCCUCCAAGACUUUUCUCUCUUUUUUUGUUUUCAUUUCUCUUUCCUAGGGUUAGGGUUGAGGUGAUCGAUUCGAUGGGGCAGCAGUCGUUAAUCUACAGCUUCGUGGCUCGAGGGACGGUGAUCCUGGCCGAAUACACGGAAUUCAGCGGAAACUUCACCGGCAUCGCCUCGCAGUGCCUUCAGAAACUUCCUGCUUCCAACAACAGGUUCACCUACAACUGCGACGGCCACACCUUCAAUUACCUCGUCGACAACGGCUUCACUUACUGUGUGGUUGCUGUUGAGGCUGUUGGGCGGCAGAUGCCAAUUGCCUUCCUCGAGCGAAUCAAGGAGGAUUUCACCCAGAGAUAUGGUGGAGGAAAAGCUGCAACAGCAGUUGCCAAUAGCUUCAACAAGGAGUUUGGGCCCAAAUUGAAGGAGCAGAUGCAAUAUUGUGUAGAUCAUCCAGAGGAGAUCAGCAAGCUGGCUAAAGUGAAAGCUCAGGUUUCGGAAGUCAAAGGAGUUAUGAUGGAAAAUAUAGAGAAGGUUCUUGACCGUGGAGAAAAGAUUGAGCUUCUGGUGGAUAAAACAGAGAACCUUCGUUCUCAGGCACAAGAUUUCAGGCAGCAAGGAACCCAGAUAAGGAGAAAAAUGUGGUUCCAGAACAUGAAGAUAAAGCUGAUAGUUCUGGGUAUCCUGGUUGCCUUGAUUCUCAUCAUAGUUCUAUCCGUUUGUGGUGGUUUCAAUUGCGGUAAAAAGUGAAUGCUUCACGAUUUCAUUAAUGCCGGUUUACCUAUAGUGUUUUUGGUUACACGGUCCACUUCUACUGUAUGUUGUACGAUGAUGCUUGUAUAGGUUGUAUUCCUGAAUUUUUUUUUUUUUUUUUGAAACGAUUCUGCUGCCGCAUGACGUGUUAAGCUUGCCAUUCAUGUCUUGAAUUAUAGUUCUGGUUGACAAUCACUAUUAGUGUGGAGGUCGAAGCAAUUACCAUACAAUCAA